UUAUUAAGGUUAUUUUAUUCCAUAUAUGUUUAUUCUCUAUAUAUUUCCUAUAUGUUGGUAUAAAUAUAAAUGGUUCAGGGAAAAAAAUUAGAGAUUGGGAGAGGGUAUUGUAGAAAAAGGAAGGAAGACAAAAAGAAAGCAGAUGAGAUAUAGUGUAGUAAGAAGAGGUGGCAGGGCAGCAAAUUGAGCAGAGGAGAGAAGACAGUGGUUUGCUUAGGAAACGAGUGUAGUGACCAACCUGUUGUAAUACUGGAGUUCAGAGAAGACUGCUUGUACGAAUCUGAUUUGAAGGAUUGUAGUAGGAUGGUAGGGCCACAUAUUGAAAGUAAGAGGUUAUAGAAAAUCUAUGAAAUUCUAAAUUCAGCAUUUUUUUUUUCCAACUGAAGAAAAACCAAAACCAGAACUGUGAGACUUUGUUAUUUUAUGAUUGUAAAACACUGAACUGUGGGUUUGGGAGAUUGCUGAUUGAAAGAAAUUAAAGUGGAAUAUAAAUAGUUUCUGGAAAGGACACUGACAACUUCACAGCAAAAUGAAGUUCUUUCUGUUGCUUUUAACCAUUGGGUUCUGCUGGGCUCAGUAUUCCCCAAAUACACAACAAGGACGGACAUCUAUCGUUCAUCUGUUUGAAUGGCGAUGGGCGGAUAUUGCUCUUGAAUGUGAGCGAUAUUUAGCUCCCAAGGGAUUUGGAGGGGUUCAGGUCUCUCCACCAAAUGAAAAUGUUGCAAUUCACAACCCUUCAAGACCUUGGUGGGAAAGAUACCAACCAGUUAGCUAUAAAUUAUGCACAAGAUCUGGAAAUGAAGAUGAAUUUAGAAACAUGGUGACUAGAUGUAACAAUGUUGGGGUUCGUAUUUAUGUGGAUGCUGUAAUUAAUCAUAUGUGUGGUAAUGCUGUGAGUGCAGGAACAAGCAGUACUUGUGGAAGUUAUUUCAACCCUGGAAGUAGGGACUUUCCAGCAGUCCCGUAUUCUGGAUGGGAUUUUAAUGAUGGUAAAUGUAAAACUUCAAGUGGAGAUAUCGAGAACUAUAAUGAUGCUACUCAGGUCAGAGAUUGUCGUCUGACUGGUCUUCUUGAUCUUGCGCUGGAGAAGGAUUAUGUGCGUUCCAAGAUUGCCGAAUAUAUGAACAAUCUCAUUGACAUGGGAGUUGCAGGGUUCAGACUUGAUGCUUCCAAGCACAUGUGGCCUGGAGACAUAAAGGCAGUUUUGGACAAACUGCAUAAUCUCAACAGUAACUGGUUUCCUCAAGGAAGUAAACCUUUCAUUUACCAGGAGGUAAUUGAUCUGGGUGGUGAGCCAAUUAAAAGCAGUGACUACUUUGGAAAUGGCCGGGUGACAGAAUUCAAGUAUGGUGCAAAACUCGGCACAGUUAUUCGCAAGUGGAAUGGAGAGAAGAUGUCUUACUUAAAGAACUGGGGAGAAGGUUGGGGUUUCGUGCCUUCUGACAGAGCACUUGUCUUUGUGGAUAACCAUGACAAUCAACGAGGACAUGGGGCUGGAGGAGCCUCUAUUCUUACCUUCUGGGACGCCAGGCUGUAUAAAAUGGCAGUUGGAUUUAUGCUUGCUCAUCCUUAUGGAUUUACACGAGUAAUGUCAAGCUACCGUUGGCCAAGAAAUUUUCAAAAUGGAAAAGAUGUUAAUGAUUGGGUUGGGCCACCAAAUAAUAAUGGAGUAAUUAAAGAAGUUACUAUUAAUCCAGACACUACUUGUGGCAAUGACUGGGUCUGUGAACAUCGAUGGCGCCAAAUAAGGAACAUGGUUGCUUUCCGCAAUGUAGUGGAUGGUGAGCCUUUUACAAACUGGUAUGAUAAUGGGAGCAACCAAGUGGCUUUUGGAAGAGGAAACAAAGGAUUCAUUGUUUUCAACAAUGAUGACUGGUCAUUUUCUUCAACUUUGCAAACUGGUCUUCCUGCUGGCACAUACUGUGAUGUCAUUUCUGGAGAUAAAAUUGAUGGCAAUUGCACAGGCAUUAAAAUCUACGUUUCUAAUGAUGGCAAAGCUCAAUUUUCUAUUAGUAACUCUGCUGAAGAUCCAUUUAUUGCAAUUCAUGUUGAAUCUAAAUUAUAAAUUUUAAAAUUAAAUGCAUAUCCUCAAAACAAUA